AUGAACAGAGACAGAGACAAAAACGCAAAGACUGCGCCCCGGAGCCAUAAAGAACCGAGGACGCACCAGCAGGUUUCUGUCCAGAAGAAGAAGAAGAAGGAUCCGUCCUCUAAAGAUGCUCAAAGUGGCUGCUGCUCCAAGGAGACACAGUCAGGUCAGUGCGCCUCCGAGAAGGAGGUGAAAACAGCGGGACCGCAGGGGAAGCGUCCGGGGAAAGCGUCUUCCAGUGCCGCCGCAGAGUGCCAGAAGAGCCCCGGCGCGCAGAGGAAGCUGUCCGAUGCCAGCAACGCUUCGGAGGACCUGAGCAAAGACUCCGGCUGCCUCUCUGGGAAACUCUCCUCCUCCGACAGCAGCUCGGAAAUAUCCGACUGCUCCUCGGAGGGCAACAAGCGGGACUCCCCAAGUAGCGACAACGAAUUAAGCUGGAUAGACGGCAGAGCUUAUGUGACUCCGGACAGCGAGGGGAAAGGCGACGGCAAACCGUGCGCAAAGGCAGCCAGAGAUUCCUGCGCUCUCCAGCCUGAUGUCGCUGGAGGGGGUCUCACUUUUUUGAACUCCUCGGGGACGUUUAUGGAGUUUGUGAUGGGGGAGACAACCGAGGAUCUUGUCAGGGAGGUGGAAGAUUUGAGAUCAGAGAACGAGUAUCUGAAAGAUGAGGUGGAGGAGCUUCGCUGUGAGAUGGUUGAAAUGCGUGACAUGUUCCAGGAGGAGGAGGUGUACCAGCUGCAGGAGCUGCGGCUGCAGCUGGAGCAGGCCAACAAGACGUGUCGCAUCCUGCAGUACCGCCUCCGCAAGGCUGAGCGCCGCAGCAUCCGAGUGGCUCAGACGGGACAGGUGGACGGGGAGCUGGUCAGGAGCCUGGAGCACGAUAUCAAGGUUGCUAAGAGCGUGUCCCUCCGGUUGUACAACGAGCUGGAGGCGGUGCAGAAAAAGAAUGCCCAGUUGGAGUGGGAAAACGAGGCGCUCCGCGAGAAGACACAAGAACUGGAAGUGGCCAAGCAGGUCUUACAGGCUGAGGUGGAGAAAGCCAGAGAGAUCUCUCUGAAGAAGAAAAGCAUCAGAUCAACAGCCAGUAAGUCUGAGAAGAGGCUCUGUCAACAGAUUGAGGAUGACAGCGCCGAUCUCAAGUGCCAACUCCACUUUGCCAAAGAGGAAUUAGCUCUCAUGUGCAAGAAGCUCACCAAAUUGGUAUCAGAGAGUGAGGGCAUGCGUGAGGAGCUGGCCAAAUACCACUCAGCCUACGGCGACAUGGACGCCACCCAAUCACCUGAAGGCAAACACAACUCCGCCCACGCCAGGGAGGCGGAGGUCAAAGUUCAUUUGAAACUGGUGGAAGAGGAGGCCACACUCCUGAGCCGGCGCAUCGUCGAACUGGAGGUGGAGAACCGAGGACUGAGAGCAGAAAUGAGCGACCUGAGAGAGAAAAUAGGAGGAGGAGGGGAAGAGGAAGAAGAAGAGAAUCGGGAUGUUUUGGAGACAGACGUGGCAGCUUCUACGCCGCUGGAGGACAGAGAGGGAAGGGAGCAACAAAGUUCGAAAAUGGGAUCCGCUGUUUACCAGCAGGGUCAGGACGAGGUAGCAGAAAAAGGCAAAAGUGAUAUCGAGACGUCUCUGCUUUGCAACCCAUCACAAACUGAAGGGAUGGUUACUGCUUGUCAAAUCACUCGAGAAGGUCCUGUAGGUGGUGAGUGGGACCCUUCAGACAGUCAGGAGGCAGAUAACAACAAAAAACUUGACAUAGGUCUCAAAGGAAUGACUGUGAAAGACUAUGAAACCCUUCUAGCUCUCAGAGAUCAUUCCUGCAUUUUGAGUUCGGCCAUGCAACUCCUGACAACACCACCAAAAAACUGGCAUGGUCCAUCUCCCUCAUGUGCUUUUACCUUUCCGACAGACGUGGACUCGAAUGGUAAGGCACAGAAGAUAUUCCUACCAGGACCUUUAAAUGAGAAGAUGGAGCUACUGCAGGCCAUGCUUUUGGCUUUCAUUGGGAGGGUGGAGACGCUUUUGACAGGAGAAGAUUUAGGCGAAAACUCUGUUCACAAAGAUGGUCAUGUUUGGGAUUCCUACGCUUUCUCCUUCCUCUCCGGAGACUGUGCAAAUCAUGACGUACGUAGUCAUAACAUGAAAGAGUCACCAAGUAAGCAGGAGUGUGUUGAAGACCUCCGCACCACAGAGGUUAAGGAGAGAGCAACAAGACAAGCACCUUCCUUCCGUUGGGACCUCCUCCACAGCUGCAGGGACCCAAAAAUGCAACUGUCCUUGCAGAUUCUGUGGCUCCUCCAUCAGUGGUGUCAAGUUCAGAGACCCGACCUGGAGGGAAAAGAGGUUAAAGACAAAACCGUGUCUGUGCUGCGAGGGUUGUUGCAGGACCUCGGCGCAGAGCUUUGGGAUGAGCGGAUUGAAUUCGACAGCGAAGCCAAGACCCCGCAGGGCAAGGCAGCUGAGUGUGCUGUCAGUGGUAUCUUUGAUGAUGAACCCCCCUGUGAAGGUGACAGAAGCUUAAGAGGGAAAAGACUGAGGCGACAGUUUUCUCCACAUGGCCCUAAGAGGAAGAACUGGUGCUAUCUGAGCCAGGAGGCCGCCCAGCUGGACCGAGAGGACCCUGUAAAGACGUGGGACCAUCUAAUCAUGCCGCUUAGCUUUUCUGAUCUUGAUUUUGAGCGGAUGUCCAUGGAGAGAAGCCACACUGCCCCAGAGAAGUCGGCCUUCCGCAUCUACUACAGCCCCCCGUCAGCUCGCAGAGUCCAGCUGGCUCAGUUGAAGCAAAGCCCCGUCGCAGACAGAGAGUCUGUCGACACUCCCUCUCCCUGGUGCACGCCGCCGACCUCCUUCUCUCCCCUCUGUCUGGGCUCAUCUACUAACCUUAGCGAUGACGUGAAGGAAAUGGCGGCCAGCUGGAGGCAGACCGUUCAUGGCAGUUCACAGGAGAAGAGAGGGAGAUUAGCGGGGCGGUGGGUGGACGUGGCCUGCUCAGGUACUCAGACCCGCAUGAAGCCGCAGAUGGUGAGUGUUGGUCUGCAGACAGAUGGGACUCAGGGGCCGGUCGCUGUGAGAAGCAGCCCUUCUCGAGUCCUGAGCUCCUCCUUGGUCUCUGCCCGCUCUCACCACAUCUCCACCUCACUGGACGGAGUAACAGGUCGAAUCGAGAGGCCCAGACCAUCCACCUCCUCACCUAAACUGUACCGGAGACACUCUGCCUCUGGUACAUCCUCUUCAUCACCCACCAAUUUGAGUUCGUCCUCCUCUGUAUCCACCUCUAGAGAACGAGCACUGUGGAACGUGAAUCACCAAAGCCCUUCUGGCGUCACAUGGACCCGACAGAACAGCCACAAAGCAGGCACAGGACAGAACCACCGCUCCCUGAGCAGCGCAAAGCCUCCAACCAAGUCUGCAGGCGCCAACCGUUACGGUUUAGUCACAGAGUUUCUGCGCAGGGUGAGCGGCCGGGCUGAGAAACCAGUGCAGGGGUCGGGACAGAAGACGAAGAGUGGCCUGAAGAACCUGGAACGUGUUCCGACGAGUUCUCCUGCCGCUCCGCUGCACAGGACCGACAGUGUGACGAGGAUCGUCAACCAGAGGUUCAUGAAGCAGAGAGAGGAGGCCAGCCGAGCCCAGAGAGAGGAGAGAGGCAGCAGCCUCAACCACAGUGUCAGACACAGCAUGACCGUCAGAGCGGAGGACGGAAACUACGACUGCAGCUCCGGCAGCACCUUGACCUUCUGCUUCGCGCGUCCCUCCCGCUCCACCCAGAGGCAAACGUCAAACCCGGGCAAACUCCACCGGCACAGGUACUCGCCUCCAGUGAGCGCGGCUGCGGACUCCAGCGGCGAGUGAACGGGCGGAGGAGUAACAGCAGCAGCUCCGCCGAUACUCCCGGACAGCCGGGAGCGCUCAGAGCCAGGGGGGGAGGAAUUUAACAUGUAAUCUUGAGAUGUAAACCCUGCUUCACUGCAGGGUGGUUGAACUGGGAGAACUGGUAGACUGUAUGUGGGAUGUAGGCUGUAUGAGAUGCUGUGAGUAAACUGAUAUAAACUGGUAUAUUGCUUUUGGUGCAAAUUAAAAAGACUCAUCUCCUUUGACAGAUUAAACUUUAUUUCACUUAAAACACAUACUUACUCCUACAAAUGUUGAAUAUUCAUUUAUACUUACAUUUCAAAACUAUAAACUAAAACUGACUUUUGCACUUAUAUUGUGAAUCAAUUUUAUAUUCUCUUUAUGGUAUUAUGUAGACAAUAAACCAUCGCUUUACUGAAUA